AUGCUGUCGUCGUUGGAAAAACGCCAUCAGAUGGGGUCCAAGGCUGCGGAGGCCAUUCUAAAGCCGCAAAGCCAACCUUCACGCCGAUCCCUUCCUAAAACUGCGCCGCCAGUUGAAAAAAAGCGAGAAAUUAACGUGAGAAUUUAUCCAAGUGAGUUCGAAACACACCUCCCUCGUCAUUUCUUCCACUUCAAUCCUUAAGAAUUGUCGAGUUCGUUUCUCUUUCCUUCUUUUUAUUAAAAUAAAAAGCUGCCAAAUCAUCAGGAGCUUAAAUUUUUUCUUCGAAAAGAAGCAAUCUGUUGUGUUCACGUUUUUUCUGGAAGAAUCUUUAUUGUAACAGGUAAGAUGACCAACAACAACAACGACGGAACCGACUUUGGACGCCUUGUAUGGGUGACGGAUCCGAACGAAGGAUUCGUUUUGGCUAGGAUCCAGGACAUUUCGCAUGAGGGACUAACUCUGCAGCUCGAACGCACUGGAGAUCAGGUUUUAUCAUUUGAUUCGAUUUUUAAACAUUUGCGUUCUUUAAUUUAUCAACAGCUCUCGGUGGGCACCGGUGAAUAAGUAUCUAUAAGAAAAAAAAACCCAGCUUACAAAGAUUAUGUUUUUUUAAAUAUUCUCCGUAGCCUUUGAGCUCGGAGAAACUGCCACGACUUGAAAUUUCACUGAACGACCUUCCGCUGUUCCGCUGCGUCGCGAAGCGUCUUUGCGAACCUCGGUCUCACUUUGAAUUGGUUCUAAUUUCUGAUAGAUGAACUGUUCCACUAUAGUUUGUUCAUAUUUUAAAUGUCAAGUAGAAUGACGUCAUUCGAAAACGCUCUGUGGAUGGAUCGCUCUCUGAUUGGCUUUUCGGGCCAUUAGGGGUGGAGCUUUAGAAGCGACUUGACAUUCAAAAUCUGAACGGACUAUAGGAACACGUGUUGGUCGAGUUCUUAAGAAAAAUGAAAAAUUAAAGGCGCGCAAAGGCAUGUAGCGGAACAGCGGAAUGUCGUUCGUUGAACUUCCAAGUCGUGGUGCACAGACUAUACAUGAGAAAUUUGAGAGGAUUAACAUUUUUUUCGAAUUCCUAUCCUUAUUUUUCUUCACUCUGUAAUCUGAACUUCAAAACUUGACAGAUAAAAAGAAAGUACGAUGAAGUUUUCGCGUCAGAAGAAGAUCUGGCCAAGAGUGUGGAGGACAACUGCGGAUUAAUGUACCUGAACGAGGCGACGUUGCUCAACAACUGCCGAAUUCGUUACGCCCAGAACAAAAUUUAUGUCAGUUUUCUAAUCGGUCUAAAAAAUGAGUCUAAAAAAUGAGAUUUCCAGACUUACGUGGCAAACAUUCUGAUUUCUAUCAAUCCUUACCAAGCGAUCAAUGGAUUCUACACGCCGGAGAAGAUUCACGAGUAUCGCGGAAAAAGUCUCGGCCAGAUGGAGCCCCACAUCUUUGCCAUUGGUUGUUCGAAUAAAAGAAGUUUUGCCUAAAAAAUGUUUUCAGCUGACAAAGCUUAUCGCGAGAUGCGUCGUUACAAACAAUCGCAGUCGAUUAUUGUUUCUGGCGAGUCUGGAGCCGGAAAAACCGAAUCGCAAAAGGCUGUGUUGAGGUCAGUAGAUUGAAAAACUGCAGUCUGUUCACGCCGUUUUUAUUAGUGGAAGAAAAUACAGAACCAAAAAUGAAGCGUGCGGAAUCAAAGCCUUCGUCGCUCCCAUUCUCAUGUAGAAAACGCUAUUUUUCUGUUGCCGUGUUCAAAGUGAUUCCUCGGAAUUGAAAAUAGCCGUCAGAAAGUAAAAAAUAUAACUGGAUUUCAAAAAUUGAGAAAUAAUUUGGAAUUUCGCGGAAAUUACUUUGAAAACAGCAUGUGCGAGUGCGCCGCAGUGCUUGCACACGACACACUACACUUUACGAAAAAAGUGUGUGGGGCGUCGUCAAAAAACGCCGUGUGUUCACCGUCAAGUCACCGUUCAAACUCCGCCCCUUAUGUGUAGAUCAAACCAAUCAGAGAGCGAGCCAUCCACAGAGUGUUCUAGGGGCGGAGCUUGCUACUUGACAUUCAAGAUCUGAACAGACUGUACUAUAUAUUUUUCUACGCUGUCUCAGAGGCUCAAUUGCCUUUUAUUGAUUUUUUUCGGGCUUAGUUGCCGAUCUUUUCUUUUUCAAACCCAUUCUUGUACGAGUUAUUUUGCUUUGUCUGCAAAUAAAAUAUUAAGAUUUGCAAUAAUGAACCUUAAUUCAGGUACCUUUGCGAGAACUGGGGCGCACAAGCAGGUCCAAUUCAACAGCGGAUUCUGGAAAGUCUCUCUAGUUUUUGAGUCAUUUCAAUCAGAAGUUAAAUUCCAGCCAAUCCAAUUUUGGAAGCGUUUGGUAAUGCGAAAACUCUGCGUAACAAUAACUCGUCGCGAUUCGGCAAAUUUGUCCAGAUUCACUUUGACAACGAUGUUUGCUAAAUCAGAAACAGCUUUAUUGGGAAACUUUCUGUGCAGGGCCAAGUCGCCGGCGGAUUCGUGUCGCACUACCUUCUGGAGACGUCGCGCGUGUGCCGUCAAGCCGAAGGCGAACGCAACUAUCACAUAUUCUACCAAGUGCGCAUCUUGAACUGUUUUCCAAGAAACCGCCAGUUCAGCUCAUUGCCGGAGCGCCUGACGACCUCUACAAGAAGCUUCACCUGGCACCUGCCUCCAAAUUCAACGUGAUCAGUCUCUUUUUAUCAGAACGAAACAGUCUAACAUUUCAGUACUUGAGCGGAAGUUGCCAGAUGUUCGCCCACCCCGGCGCAAAAAUAGAAGUUCCCUCAGAGAGAAUCGCCGUUCAGGUUCUAUUCAACUGUUCUCCACAACUGAAAUCUGUUUUUCCAGGAAUUUGCCAGAGAUACGAUGGUCGACGAUUUCAGUGACUACCGUAGACUUGCAGCAGCUUUGAAAGGAGCAGGUCUUGACGAGAAGCAACAGGUAGAACAUGAACCGAGGAACUCUUCAACAUUUUCAUGAAGAUCUUCAUCUGGGCGACGAUCGCAGGUCUCCUGCAUCUGGGCAACGUCACUUUCGAGGAGAGUGUCGGCGACAGCAAGGGCGGAUGUAGAGUACAGCCGCAGGCCGAGGAGUCUGUCCACAAGGCGGCCGAACUUCUUGGCAUCGAGCCUGCCGAGCUGAAAAUGGGCCUUGUCGCGAGGAUCAUGCAGGCCACCAAAGGCGGCGUCAAGGGAACUCUGAUCCGAGUCCCUCUGAAAGCUCACGAGGCGGCUGCGGGCCGUGACGCCCUCGCCAAGGCCAUUUAUUCGAAGCUUUUUGACUGGCUCGUCGCUUGUGUCAAUAAGAGCAUUCCUUUCGAAGCAAGUGCCCAGUUCAUUGGCGUCCUCGACAUUGCCGGCUUCGGUUCGUCUUCUUUUUCUUAGUGCUGUCUCUUUAUAUCAAUGCCUAAAACUUUUUAGCCAAAGCUAGUUUAAAUCAGAUCGUUUAAUCGGGAAGCUUUUUCAUUACGAAAUCAACGGUCUACUUUAAAAAAAGCACAGAUAUAAGUACUUUUUAAAGAAAAAAACGUAAUUUUAUUUUUUCUCGCCUUUUUUUAUUUUUGAAAUAUGCUUUGCAUCGGUGUAUAGAAAAUUGUUAACAGUAACCGCAUACGCUAUUUCGCAGACGUGUCAUAGAUUCGCAUUUUGUGAGAAAUAACUGGAUAUCUGCUUCAAAUUAUUCACGGAAUACAAAAUAUCGCUAUACCAAUCGAAAUCUGAGCAAAAUCAUCAUUUUUCACCAGAGCAGCAUUUUACACCCGAAGUUUUCUGACAUUUUAUAAAUAGAAAGUUUUCAUGACAAAAAGAACUUUGGUGACAAUAGAAAAAAUUGAAACAUGAAAGAAACGAAGAAAAAAAAAGCGAAAAUUCGAAAAAUGGCGAAGCGUCUUGUCCAUAGAGCAACUUUACUGCAAAGCGCUCUUUUGGCGGGAUCUCAAACUUUUCUCUCUCCAACUUUUAAUCGUUUUUCCUCCAAAACUAGGAAGUUCAACAAAAAGGAAAAGCUCUACAAAGGGACAUAUUUGUCUCCAACCCCAUUUUUUACUAACCCUAUGCAAAAAAAAAAUAGAAUAAAUUGAUACUAUUUCCCUCUGAUUAAUACAAUUUUUGCUUCCAAUUUCGCCAUCUCUUCUCUACGAUCUUAUCAAUUUUUUUUCAAGAGUUUUUCGCCGUGAACUCUUUCGAGCAAUUUUGCAUCAACUUCUGCAAUGAGAAACUGCAGCACUUUUUCAAUGAGAGGUAUUUCGGGGGCUGCCUAGAGUUCCUAUCUGUGAUAUUCAGAAUUCUCAAACAAGAACAGGAAUUGUACAAGACGGAAGGGCUCAACGUACCCGUGAUUGAGUACACUGACAAUCAAGACUGCAUUGGUAGGCCUUGCGUCACUUUUUUUUGUUUAAAGUUUUUGAUUUUGAGAACUUUUCGAGAAAAAGGGGACAGGCCUUUUCGACCUUCUCGAUGAGGAAGCCAAGCUCCCGAGACCCACGCCGCAACACUUUGCCCAGGCUGUCCACACCGCGCAUAAAGGCCACUUCCGACUUGAUGUAGGCGAAGCGGCCCGAAUCUCGAUAACAUUGUAAGAAACUCAGACGCCGCGCAAGUCGAAGCUUCGUCUUCACCGCGACAUGCGAGACGAGGAAGGCUUCAUGGUGCGGCACUACGCCGGCACCGUCUGCUACCAGACGCAGCAGUUUCUCGAAAAGAACAACGACCAGCUGCACAACUCUCUCGAGAUCCUCAUCGAGCAGUCCGCGUCCGUUCGCCAGGACUUUUUCCUCAAAGUUCUUUUCGGUUUCAGGGUCGACCUGCUCCGGCAACUCUUUGAGCAGACUGCUGCUCCGGCCGCUCAGGUCAAGCGGACUGGUGGCCGUCUUCAGGCAGCUAGUGUCGGCGGCAAAUUCAAAUCCCAACUUGUGGCUUUGUUGGAAAAGCUCCAAAGCACGGUUAAUACUUUUUUUGGGGAAAUUGGCUUAAAUUUAUAGUAGUUUCAGCAUAAUUUAUUUUUUCUCACAGUUUAAGGAAUAUUUUGUGUGGAGCCAUAAAAUAUAAGAAAAAUAGGAAAAAUGAUAGAAUUUUUCGCGGCUCAGCCUGGUUUGUAAGGGUCCUGUUUUGUUGAACUCGAGUAAUGCAGUUUAGAACUUGAAAGAGUGUCUAAAUCAAUUUUAAAAAAGCUCCAAAUCGCGUAAAAAUGUCCUGUGUUCCCUAACAUGCGGAGGAUGUGGUCAUUGGGCGUGGCUACAUGCAACGGGGGCGCGGCUUAUUGCAAUAGGGGCGCGACAGUGAGAGCCGAUUUUCGUGCAUUUACUGAAUGGAAAUAUAGCGUUAAAUAAUGCUUUUCAAGGCCUCCUUGACCUUUCAGAAUAACUUGAAUGUAUUCUAACGCACAAUAAACCUAUUAAAAAGGAAAUAUGAACGAAGUCGCAUUUGCGAAACGAUUCAUCACAUGAAAUGGUGUUUAUUAGAAAAAUUCGUCGUAUGAAGACCCAAAAGACUUUUUGGAGACGAUUCCCUUAAAAAACGCAUUCUGAAAAUUCAGGAACGAAAAAAUGAAUCAAAUGGCUUCGGAAGAAAAAGGCGUUUUAGAUAAAAUGUUUUGUAAAACCUCGAAAAAAGUUUUAAAAAAAAUCUCUCGACUUAUCCUUAAGAAAGGCCUUCUAGGUAAGAACUGGGAUUUUAGGUCUUGGUGCUCCUAAUUAUUCAGCUUUUUCUUGCUCUCAAUAAAUAACGGUUUUAAUGUGAUUUCUGCGGCUAAUUCAGAGCUCAGAUUGACAAUCAGUGUGGUCAAUUUUGCUCAGAAAAUGACUGUUGCACUUUAGGGAACCCACUUCGUGCGCUGCAUCAAGCCGAACAACGAGAUGAAGCCGUGGACCUUCGACGGCGCGGCGAUCCUGACGCAGCUCCAGUGCGCCGGCAUGACCAGCGUCCUGCGACUCAUGCAGAAGGGCUUCCCCAGCCGGUCGGCGCCCGACUUGUACUUUGUCUUCAACUCCAUAGUUCAGCACUCCGUUUGCCGAGCUCUACUCCACUUAUCAGCAAAUCUUGCCCCCAAACUUGGCUCGUCUGGACCCACGGCUCUUCUGCAAAGUCUUUUUCUUUUUUCAAUUUGAAAAUUGCAAUUUUGGCUCUAGUGUCUGUUCCGUGCUCUUGGACUGAACUCGCAGGACUAUCAGUUUGGAAUGACCAAGGUUUUCUUCCGACCCGGAAAGUUUGCCGAGUUUGACCAGGUGCUGGUUGGAAACGAAUUCAUUUGAUAAGUCUAAUUCAGAUGCUCCGUCAAGAUCCAGCAACAAUGAAGGACUUGGUAUCCAAAGUCCGCAUUUGGCUGGUCCGUGCCCGCUGGCGCAAGGCUCAGUACGGUGCUUGGAGCGUUAUUAAGUGUGAGUUUCGUUUUUCAGAACGAAUUCUGAUGUGUUUAUCAUCGUUUUUCUGAGAAUAUGUGGUAAUUACUUUGCUGUUUACGUCGUCUUGAAGGGAUACUGGACAUUUCGAAAUCCUCAAAAAAAGGGAUGAUGUCGUUUCGCUUUCCAUCUAACAACGCCAAUAGAUGUUCUCGAGAAAAAAGGAACCUUAGAAACUCCAGAGUGAUCCCCAUAGGGGCGCCUUUAUGCAUCCUUAAAAGGUCCCUUUUAGAGACCACUUUACCAACCCCUAUAGGGGCCACUGAAGCUUGCGAAAGUGGUCCCAAUAAAAGACAUGCUAGUCUAUAAUUUUUAUAAGCUCUAGAAGAAGCAUUUACUCGGGAAAAACUGAAUAAAUAAGCGUUUUUUUGAAUGAAAUUGAAAGACCCCCUAUAGGGUCCACUUGAUCUUUAGGGGCUAUAGGCUCAGACCUCUCAACCCCUAUAGGGACUAUCUUGAUUUUAACCCUAUAGGUUUCACUUUUUCGGUGGAGGGCUGUUUUUCUCCUUAACCCCUAUAAGGACCACUCUUAAAUCCCUAAGAAGAUGUUCUCGUGGAAAAAAGGAAGUAUGCUCUCUUUUCCUGAAAUUUCCACUUUUCUCAUUUCCACACCUUCUCCUGGUUUUUUUCUCAAACAUGCCAAUCAUUUUCAAGUGUUUUUAUAAACGUAUUAGAAGCAAUCCAAGCACUUGAUUGAAAAUUUCCAGUGAAAAACAAGAUUGCAUUCCGCGCCGCUCAGAUUCGCCGGAUUCAAAGCGCCGUUCGCGGUUUCCUGGUCCGCAAAAAGUACCAAAAGAGGUAUGUUCCUUGAAAAGACUUUUACUGUACCCCGCUAGAAAAAUGAUCCUAAUCUUGGUCUUUUUGAAAUGCUUUUGUCAGAAGAACUCUCCAGCCAACGGUGAAGUAACCAAAUCUGUAUGAGUUUCUCUUAAACUCCUUGAAGUCAUUUUCAUUCAAAAAGUCCCGCCUCUCAACUUUUCCCCAGCGUCCAGAAUUUUUUGUUUUGCGAGAGGGCGAGUCUUCUUCUUCUUUUUUUGUUUUUUUUGUUUUCUCAUAUCUCCCGACUCGUCUUCUCAUCAUUUACGGCUUUUCCUCUAUUGUGGGAGAGCCUCCCAAUGAAUAAUAGACGUUUCUCUGUUCGUUUUAAGCUUUAUUCCUAUUCAUUUGCGGUCUUUUUCUCAGUCCUUUUUUUUCGCUUUUUCAGGCGAAAUAAUCGCCUAGCAAUGAAAAAUGUCUUGCUCAAAAAAACGUUUCCGCUGUGAAUUAGCCUCAUUCCAGGGCAAAUUGCCCGCGGCCCUUCUCCAAAAACGGAGGCAAAUACGUCUCCAAUAUCAUUAACUAGACCUUUUCUCUCUCUCAUCCCUCGUUUCCCUUUUUCUCAGACUUUUUUUUCCUUUUUCAUGGUAAUCCUUGAGCUUUCUGACAAGAAAAAAUUUUGUGAGAGGAACAUCGCAGAAAUGGUUCGAACUUCUAGUAUUCGGAAACAGAAAGAAUUAUUUGCUAACAGGGGAGGUCAUUUAAAUUUCUGGUUAAGAAUUUUUUGAAAAUUGGCCAGAACACUCUGAGUUCCCAGAAAAAGAAUCUGAAAGUCUCAACGUGCAAAAAUUCCUAGUUUUCGAGAAAUAAGGGCUUGAAGCCCAAAAAUAACCAAUUUUUAUGCAUUUUGAGAGUUUUCUUUGUCUUUAAGGUGUCGUCCUUUAAAAACUAGGAAAUUGAGAAGAUUGAGACUUUCAGAAUCCUUUUCUGGCACAUCUAGAAGCAUUUCGGUCAAUUUUCAGAAAAAUCCCGACCGCAAAAUUAAAUGACCUCCCUUGUGAGCCAUAGGACACUGAGAAACAGCCUGUCGAAAAUUUAAAGGAAAAGCUCAAAAACUGAUUUUCUUCGGUUUCUUGAUCUCUAAAACGUCUGCUGUUAAUGACUAUCUCAUGAGAAACACGACAAAAAAGCUUUUUUCACAAAAAACUCCCAAAAGGAUUCGUUUUUGAGCUUUUCGUGUACAUUUUCGACAGACUAUUUCUCAGUACCCUUUGGCGUUUGGCAGAUAAUUUUUCUUCUUUGCGAAUAUUCCUACCUGGGACUACCUAUCACAAAAGUUUGGACCAUAUCUGUUCGCCUCACAACCUUUCCUCGUAAGGGCUUCUGAUUGCUCGAAAAAAAAAACCUGAAGGAAAAUUUUGCCCUGUUUUGGUAGGACGUUGGUGUCCUUUGAAAGAGUUCUCUGGACAAGAACUUGAAUUGAGCUCUCGAUGAUGUAAUUUAAUAGUUUUUUUCCAGAAUACGAGUUUACCGCAACUCUCUCCAACUAUUGUCGCGUACGCGCGAAAUGAUUGAGGUUGGAUUUUUUUUUGUAGUUUUUAGUAUUUGGUUUUGUAGAUAAUCGAUAAAAUGCAAGAGUCAAGCCAAGAGAAAUGGUCGAAAACCGUGCAAGGAACGACCCAGGAGCUCGAGUCACUUGUCGACAAGAUCAAGGUGUGUUUCAGGAAGCACCGAAUGAUCCUCAAGCGAUGAAAAAGCAAACUAGUUUGAAUAGUUUGAAUCGCUUCGAAUUGGUUCUAUUGAUCGAGGUUAUUGUCUGAAUUUUCGAAAUUACUUCGAAAGGUUAUAGAAGAUUCACGGCUGGCUUGAGUUAUUAAGAGAAGGGUACUGACACGAUAAUAAAAGAGAUAGUGACUGGUUGGUAGAGAGCGCAGACAGGCCACGCCCCCUCAGCAUCCUAAGUUAGCCUUGAAUCGGCUAGUGUUGUAGAACAGAGUUCUCAAAAAGCUGGAAUUUUGAGACGUUCAUUUUUUGAAAUUCAUUCCAUGUUCCACUCGUUUUUCACAACAAAAACGACCCCCGUUUCAAAUUUAUUCAAAUUUUUAUGGAUUUCCGGCAGGUCUUGAAACGAAAUAAUCAAAGGAACCUGUAAUUUCAGAAUCUCAACCAACAAACACUUUCUCUCAAACUAAAUGUGCCGUAAAGCUUUAAUCUUAACUUCUAAGGCUGACGGUUUGAUUGCUUUCGGAAAGCCCAAUUUUCCCUUCAUGGCGUUUUUUUUUUUGGCCUUUGAGCUUGAUCUCGUCCUCUGAUACCCUUCUUUUUCAAUAUCCUACUUUCAAUUUUUUUUCGUUUUCAUUUUCUUGGGCAGGCAAAUUUCCAAUUUUACAGCGCAGCGACCUGGACGAGCAAAUCGAACGGGCGGUGCAGUGCUACGAGAUGUGCGUGUCGCACGUCGACAAAUUGAUUCUGGAGCUGAAGCAGCAGCUGGAGAGCGACGAGCUCGCAGAGGUCGAACGAAAGCGACAGGAGCAACUCGCUCUGGAAGCCCGCGAACGCGAGGACCGCGAACGUGCUGAGCAGGAGAAGAUCGCGUGAGUUCCGACGGUUAAUCUGGCUCUCCUCGGGAAGCUCAGCAAAGACUUGUUGGCGAUUUCGCGUUUUGAGAAGUCUACAGAUUUGUCCCCAUAGGGGCCCUUGAAGGGCUACUGACGUUUUCUUAAGAUAUAGGGUAAAGUGGUCCCUUUAGGGGACAUGCUCGUCGAUAAUUGUCAUGAACUUCAAGCGAAGAAGCAUUCCCAUAUGAAAAACGGAAAAAAUGAGCGUUUUUUGAAUGAAGUUGAACCCUAUAGGGUUCACUUGAGAUUUAGGUGCUAAGGGGUCAGACCCUAAACCCUAAUAGGGACCACUUUCGAACACUAUAUGGAUUUUUCCCCGAACCCCUCCAGGGACCACUCUGGAAUUCCUUAGUACAGCCAUGUUAUCGGAAUCCAGUACCGCAGAUGAUGUCAAAAACCGAAAACAAAAAAAAAAAAUUAACUCAAAACGAUUGUGUCCCUUCUGCCUCGGGAUUAUUGGCGUUCCAUCGAGUCUGCUUGUGUUUUUGCUUCUGUUGCCUUGUUGUGCAUUUCAGAGGGACAAAAUUAGGCUAAUUACAUUGGGUUUGUGGCGGCGGAUCGGAACAUAGAAAAAAAAAGAAAAAGAAAAUCAACCGCUGAUGACGUUUUUUGCAUUUUUCCUUGAUGCGGGAUGUGACACAUUUGAAUAAAUUUUAUUAUUUUUUUUUGAUCGAAAAGGGGAAUCUGUUCCAUAGAUUUGAACCCUUUUUUAUCGUUCAGAAAAAAUUUUUCUCAAUGUGCAGAUUUUUUUUAACGAAGAAUGCAAAAAGACGACGUUUCAAGGGCGUCCAUUUGCAGUUAUUUUUGUUCGCGAUUUUUCAGGAGAAAGAAAAUGGAGGAGGAGCGAGAGAAAGCGCAGAAGGAGUACGAGUGUCGGCUCGCCGAGCAGCAACAAAUGGAGCAGCGCGAACGGCAGCUCGAAGAAGAACGGUGAGCUCCCAGGGGGUCUUUUCGGGGUCGCGAAGGCGAAAGUCGUCUCGAUUUCUGACCUUUUACUCUUUUUUUGGAUUUUGAAGUUUCUGUAUGAGGUCAGAAGUUUCCUGAGUAAUAUCAAUUUUUCUACGAUCAAAACUUUAUAAAAAACUCCUAAUGAAGAGUCUAAUGCAAUUUUUGAACAGGCUUUGCGAAUCAACGCAUAAUUUCCACAUGAAAAAAAAAAUAGCGGUUGAGUUUGGGUAUAUGACAAAAAAGCCGUGAGAAGAUAGCCAAAUAUAAAUGAGCUGCAGAAAAAAAUUUCGCCCUUGCGAAAAUUGGUUUUUCAAAAUGCGCUCCACGGAACAAUGUCGGCAAAUUGAAAAUUUUCUUUUUUUUUCAAUUUUUUUUUUGUAACUGUUUAUCGGAAAAAUCUGUGUUUAUUGAGAAAACGCAGGUCGAAAUUGUAAAUUUUUCCUUAGAUUUCCAUUUUUAAUGAACUAUCUGUUUCUUGACUUGGCUUAAAAACAGUUUUCCUGCCAAGAAGGCUGAAUUUUUCAACUCAAUGAUGAAGAUUCGAAAAUUGAAAGAAAAUAGCUUCUUUUGAAUAUUUUUUUAUGAUCCUCCUACUUUCAAGUUCGAAGAAAAAUCGAAAUUUAAAGAGUUUUAACGGUUCCUAUCGGUUCCAAAGCAAUUGCCAGAAUGAAUCUUUUCGAAUUCCCUGUUUUUCAAAUUAACAUGCAACUUGAAAUUGUGCAAACUGCCUCUUUUUCUAUAUUUUGAAAGAAAGCCCAUUUCUCAAGACAAUUUUCCUGAUGUCGUCUUGGAAACUUCUCUUUUAUGGCAAUGGACUUUUUUUUCUUUCAGUCGCAAAAAAGAGGAACGAGAGCGAUUGGAUGCGGCCGUGUCGACCCGAAUCGCUACCGCGGAUGGAGUCCAACUCGCCGCUGACGCUCCUUCUACCUCUGUGUUCGUAGACAAUUUAAAAAACACUCAUUUUUCGGGAAUUUCAGUUCAACGGAAAACAGCACGAGCUCCAAACCGAAGGGAAAAUACGACCUUUCCAAUUGGAAAUAUGCCGAUCUCCGUGACACGAUCAACAACAGUAAUGGUUGGUUCUUUUUUUAUAAUUCUCACAUUAGAGUUACUUAGUUACACUUUAUGCUUAUUAACUCAAAAAACGACACCAAGUUAACGCCCACCUCAGCGGCGGAAAAUAAAAUGUUUUGUACGCAGUGCACACGUUGCACAAAGAAUGUUGCGUACCACGGCCUUUUUGUUAGUGGAAAAAAUGUGAAACCGAAAAAUGAAGAGGGCGGAGCCAAAACAGUCGUUUCCAUGUGACGUCAUGAGAAACAAGCGUGGGAAUAACAAAGGCGCAUGUUCAAUGGGUCAUGAGACGAAUCGAUUCCUCAUGUAAAAAACGCUAUUUCCGUGUUCAAAGUGGUUCCGCGAAUUUGAAAAUAGCCGCCAGUGAGGGAAAAAUAUAAUUGAAUUUCAGAAAUUCAAAGAUAAUUUUGAAUCUUCACUAAGAAUAACUGACGAGAUAAAAGCGAGGUCGGUGGCGGUACAUUGACGAGCUCGCAAACAUCUCGCUUUUUUCAAGGCGCGAUCUCGCAUUUCUCUCGGCGCGACCUCGCAUUUUACUUGGCGCCAUCUCGCAUUUAUCUCGCACUUCGGAAAUUUUCAAAUUGCGAGAGAAAUGCGAGCUCGCGCCUAGAAAAAUGCGAGCUCGCGCCCAGAAAAAUGCGAGACCGGCGCGAGAAAAAAAGCGAGAUGUUUGCGAGCUCGUCAAUGUACCGCGCAGUGCAUGCACACGACACACUACACUUUACGGAAAAAAAAAUAUGGGCGGGGCGUCGUCAAAAAAACCUUGUGGUUCUUGUCUCUCAACAAGAUCAAAUAGCCCUUAAUGAAUCAAAAAACUUUCAAAAUUCCGGAGUAAAAAGCUAACCUGAACCCGGGGCUUUUGGUCGAUUAAUGGUGUCUGUCUAAUUCGCUCGCCCUUCCCUUUAGUAGAGUCGUUUUUUUUUUGCAUUUUGACUAGGUCCUCGACUAAUUAGCAUAUUGUUUCCGAUGUGGAAUUGCUACUGGCCUGCAAGGAGGAAUUCCACCGUCGACUGCGCAUCUACAACCAGUGGAAGUCGGACAACACGGCUUCGCGAGAUCUGCCGCCGUCGCGAGCUCCCCUCGCCGUUUACAACGAGUCUUCAAGUAGUUUUCAGAGUUUUCCAAAAGCUUUAAUCUAAAAUUUUCAGCGAUUCGCAACAAUAUGGCGCCUCACAUGAAUCCCGCCCUGACGCUGCAGCGCUACUUCAAGGUCCCCUUCAACAGCAAAACGGAAAGCACCAAGAAUCCUGGCAGUUCGUUUUUUUUCUGAUUUUGUGAACUCUUCAAUAUGUAAAUAUGAACUAUUUUGCAGAAAUGGAACUGUCGGGAGCUCCUUCCGGCAUCUGGUUUGCCCAUUUCAACGGACAAUGGAUUCAGCGACAAAUCAGCGUCAAGCCAGGCUCCAAGCCGGCUCUUCUCAUUGCUGGUUUGCUCACAGCAUCUUCCCAGUCAAAGGCUCGCUUUUUUUCCAGGUAAAGACGACUUGCUGAUGUGCGAGCUGCCGCUGGACCAGACGGGUCUCCAGCGCAGAAAAGGCGCCGAGAUCUCGGCCACCGACUUCGAAACCAUCUGGGCUCACUAUGGCGGCAAGCCUCUGCCCAAGUGGACCCCUUGAUUGUGAUACGGACGAACCUCUGACGUCAUUCUCUUGUGCCUUUCCGUAUUUCAUUUGCCCCGCUACAACUUGUUCGCCUUCGACUGACUGAUCAACUGGCAUUGGUAUCAUUAAUAUGUGUAUUGAUUUUUGAAAAUAAAGAGAUUGGAUUUAUUGGAUUUUUGUCGAGUAUACCUGAAGUAUUCGAUGUGCAAUAUGAAAAAAAAAAAAUUCCUCGUGUUUUUUUUAUUUGUCCAAAAGUUUGUAUGUUUUUUGGGGAUUCUUCACUGAACGAACUUCGUUGGAAUCCGAAAACAAGUUCGGUCUGAGUUCGAAUGGGUUUAGGAACUUCAGAGUGGUCCUUAUGGGGGACAGCCGCUGGAAGGUCCCCUAUAGGGCCACUAAAGCGUGCGAAAUUGCGGUUUUAGUUAGUGGCCCCUAUAGGGACAUGCGAGUCGAUAAUUGGUAUGGACUCUAAGAGAAGAAGCAUUUUCAUAGAAUGAACGGAAUCAAUAUGCGCUUUUUGAAUGAAAUUGAGAGAUUCCUAUAGGGACCACUUGAGCUUUAGGAGCUAAGGGGUCACCUUAAUUUAACCCCUAUAGGGACCACUUUUUCGGCGUUUAACCCUUUUUCGAGGUAUUUGUAUGAAAAAAUAGACAAGUUUGAAGAAAAACACACUUAAAACAUUGGAAGAUACUAAUUUAGAUUUAAAAAUUAGGUUUUUGCCAACGUCAACAAGUCUGAAAAAUGGCCAGAUUUGAGGAAUGCGUCUUCAGCAAGUAAAAAGCCGUUUUUCUGUAAUUCUUUUUAUCUAUAGCCUUGUCCAUUUCAUAAAAUAGAAAAAUGAUCAAAAAGGGUGAGCAGACGGCGCAGUCCAAGCCGGACGGGAUCGUGUAAAUUUGAACGGAUGUGUUUCAUAGAGUUUGAUGAGAAAGCCGUGCUUCUCCACCGACUCGAGGGGCUGGUCAUUCGUCGGCGGCACGACGAGGUCCGAGCUUUUGGCACAAACGCUUUCCUUGUGUUGUAAUUCCGCCCAACUGAUCGUCCUGGUUCCAACGUUCUUUAUUCUCCUCUCUCUCGCCGCAAUUCCUCCGUUUCUCAAGUUCCACAACUAAUCAAUUAUGUAUUUUUGUUUCUAACAAUUUUUUUUUUUAGAUCAUGGCGGCAGAGUUCCAGCAGACCUACUGCAUCGAUUUCAAUGGUUGGGUUUCGGUGAGUACAAUUUUGAAAAAAUUGUGUAGAAAAUAAAUAAUGUUGCGUUUUCGAUAAUUAAAGUAUUUUCAGGGAACAUCCACAGCUCCGCCUCCGAAACAGAUUGAUUUCAACUCCCAAACGAUCCCUCAGCUCAUUUACACCAAGGUAUAUAGCCUGUGUACCGCGACUUGGAAUUUCGCCAAACGACAUUCCGCUGUUCCGCUGCGCGCCUUUGCCAACCUUGGUCGCGCUUUUAACUUUUUUUUCAUUUAUUAAGGUACUCUAUUUUCAUGUGCUUCCACAGCAAUAACAAUAAAUUGAAAACGCGACCUAGAUUCGAACACGCUUCACGAACGCACGCAGCGGAAUGUCGUUCCGUGUAAUUUCAAGUCGUGGCACACAAACUAUAUAUAAUAUUUAAAUCGAAAUCUAUUUUUUAAAAAUGUUUUAGGCUUCAAGUGACCGUGUCGCCGCUGUCUUCGAGGCCGAAAAGCAGAGCAUGACUUUUGCGAAAAUUGUAACCGAGGUGAAAACAAACUGAUUUUUUUUCGAUUACUUAUUGGAUCAUUCAAUAAUUGAAAAAAAAUGAAAAGGAUUAAAGAUAAUAACGAAAUUCAACGCUUAUAACCACCUUCGAAGCUCUCGGAACAAAAAAAAUGAAAUUAAACGGAUUAUGAAAAUUGACGAUUUCCUCUAUCGAACAGUGUAAAAAAAUAAUUUUUGAAGUCUUCUGGAAAAAUAAGUUGUGGCCCCUAAACAGAGCAACAUGAACCGAAAAUUAAAAAAAUAAACAAAUAAACCGAAAAUUGCAGCUAAUCAAUCUUUUUUGAGCAGCUUCUUCGCAUAAAUUUCAUAGAAAUUAUGCACUAGUAUGUUCUCUACAGGGACCACUAACUAAACUCCCUAUAGGGACCAAUUUUGCAAGCUUCAGUGGUCCUUAUAGGGGAGAGAGAGGGGACUCUCCAAGGGCUAGGGUUGACCCUAUAGGAACCACUCUGGAGUUCCUUAGUGCACAAGAGGGCUUCAGAUGGAGUCUUUGGCGAGCGGCCUUCUGUCGACGGGCCUCAACCCGGGCGACCGCAUCCUCGUCUGCGGCAGCAACCAUUCUCAGGUCGUCAUUUGCGCGUUGGCCUGCGCGAGGGCCGGCCUCGUCUUUUCCCUGGUCAAUCCGAACUUCCCCAAUUCUCAGACGCUUCAUCGAGCUCUCGUCGCGGUAGGAGCGCCAUUUGGCCUUUCAGUGACGUCUUCAGGGCGACUUUCGUUGUAUCAUCUGCUUCCGAGCUCAUCAGUUCGAGGCCGACUACCUCAACUCGCUUCUCCUUGAGAUUGCGCCGGAACUGAUGGCUUCUCGCAAAGGUUUAUCGAAGCAUUUUUAGUUGGUUCGUAGUUGUCUCAAAUCAAUCAUGGAAAGAAUACGUUUCUAACAAGUAUUUUAAUUGAUUCUUUUGCUUGUUAAUUACUUUCAACUUGUAUUUCAUAAAAAUCAUAAAAGUCCUAAAAGUCCCUUUUGGAAAGGAACUUUUUUGGUACCAAGAAGUUUUCUACAAAAUCGGAGAACUUCAAGACCUUAUUUUCAUAAUACAGGAGACUUGAAAUCUGCGAAAUUGCCGAAACUGACCCACGUCGUCCUGGCCGAAGAGGAUCACCGUCAUGCGUACGUUAAUCAUUUAUUAUUUUUGACUUUUCCUUAAGAACUUCAGAGGGGUCCCUAUAGGGGUUUUAGUUAGUGGCCCCUAUAGAGGACAUGCUAGUCGAUAAUUGCUAUGAACUCUAAGCAAGAGGGGCGGUAAUGGGUCAUACUAUUAACCACUAUAGGGACCAUUUUUUUUCCCUAGAUGAACCACUUUGGAAUUCCUGAGUCAUUUUAUGAAAAUUCAGUGGAACUUUCACACUGUCCGAGAUCUUCCUGAAGUCUAACAAAGAGAAAGUCGCCAAGUUGCCGAAUUACGAGAAUUGGAGCAGCCACAAGCUCGCUUGCCUUCAGUUCACAUUGGUACAAUAUAUAUUCAUUUUGAUGAGUAGUUUCUGGUGAUUUUCAGGGCUCAUCGGGUCAUCCGAAGCUUGUCGCCCUGUCCCACUAUCAAAUGCUGAACGGCGCCAGAGCUGUCGUCACUGCCUUUGGCAUUCAAAAAGAGGUAUCUUUUGGGGAAUCUUGCAGACAUACUUCAAAAAGCGUUCAGCACGUGUUGGCCUGCGCUUUGCCCGUUUUCCGGAUCGCGAUCUUCAACCUGGUAUGUCUGGCGCCGUUCCUCACCGAGUGUCGGUCCGUCUUUCCGGAGCCGAGUCCGCUUCCGCGCAACCUCUUCUCCUGUGUCAGCAAAUACAAGUAAGGGAGAACCUGGCUUUCUUCCAAUAGUCCUUAAGAUGCUCCACUUUACUGACAAAUGGGGCGGCUUUGCGACUUCUGCUGAAAAUCAGUCAAACUCAAAGAGUGAAGGCUAGUUUCUUUAGAAGAUUUAUAUCGUCCACGACUUGAAAUUUCACGGAACGACAUUCCGCUGUUCCGCUGCGCGCGUUCGCGAAGCGUCUUUCGAACCUAGGUCACGCUUUCAAUUGAUUGUUAUUGCUGUGGGAGCACAUGAAAGUAGAGUACCUAAAUAAAUAAAUGAAAAUGAAAAGCGCGACCAAGGUUCGCAAAGGCGCGCAGCGGCACAGCAGAAUGUCGUUUGGUGAAAUUCCAAGUCGUGGUACACAGGCUAUAUAUGAACGGUUUUAGGGGGGUUUUUUAUCAUUUUUUCCAGUUUUUCAAAUAUAUUUAUGUUCUACAUUGCAGCUAUCCGCUCUGGAAAGUGUUCUGUUGAUAGGGGACCGAGUUUCGAAAGAAGUUCUGCGACUCAUAGAACUUCAAGCAGAAAACGUGAAGAUCGUGGCGGUAAGUGUAUCUCGACCAACUCUAUAAAGAUGCCUGUCCCAGGUUGGCUAUCUGCUGACGGAGACUGGCUCGAUUCCAAUCAUGGGCGACCAGAAAACGGACUUCACUCGGAACGUUGGACGGCCCAUCGCCGGAUACGAGGUUUCCUCUAUUUUUCAAUUUUUUUCCUCAUUCGGAAAAUUAUUCGUCAGUGGGUUGCAAUUUAGGCAACGUCGGAAUAGUGGAUAGACUAUCGCUAAAAGGGAGAGGCUCAAAAAAGGCAGCAAAAAGGUAGCAGAAAGGCAGCAAAAAGGCAGCAAAAAGAGUCCGAAAAGGCAGAAAAAAGGGUCCCUUUAUCGAGUUUUUAAUUUUUUCUAGAAUUUUGAGAGCUCAAGAAUUGAGGGAAAAAGGGAGAGGCAGCAAAAAGGGUCACAAAAGGGUCCAAAAAGGCAGAAAAAAGGAGCCUUUUUCCUUUUAAAAGGAGCAACUCUAUGGAACCUUUUCCGACCCUUUCCAACUUUGCCUAUGAAGGCCUGCUUCGCAAAUAUAGAUUUCGGUGAGAAAAUCUUUUGCUGGCUUUCUGCUGCCUUUCUUUGGCCUUUUUACUGCCUUUCUUCGGCCUUUUUGCUGCCUUUUUGCGGCCUUUUUGCUGCCUUUCUUCGGCCUUUUUCGAGCCUGUCCCUUUUAGCGGUCACCACCACUCCGACUUUGUCCGAGAAUGAAAUUUUCAUGAUUUAAAAAAAGAUAAGUAAAGAUAUUUCAUUUGUGAGGGAAAUACCUUCUUUCAGACACACUUGAUUCCACUGGACGGCAGCGAGGGGAAAAUCGCGCCUGGCGGUCUUGGAAAGCUUUUGAUGCGCGUCUACUACGGCUCAACCUUCAUGGGGUACGCGCCGGACACUUCUGGCAAGGAUAAAUGGGUCGACACGGGGUGAGAAGUCAAGAAGACGUGAGGAUCGGGUAUCUUGCAGAGACGUGGCGCGGAUGGACGUCGACGGAAACAUCGAGAUCGUGACGCACUCGGCUGACCUCAUCUUCGACAAGAACAACUGCCUUCUCGAGCACUGGAACGUCGAGCGACUGCUCAACCAGAGCGAGUUGCUCAAAGGAGUUCAGGUGAGGCUUCUUACCAUGGCGCUCCCAAACGGGGUGGGAAGACGUCAAGAAAAAUUUGGCGCGAAAAUUGAAACCUCAAGUACGCAGCCAAAGGCGAUCGAACAAUCAAUUUAUUAUGCCGUGUUCAAAGUGAUUCCGCGAAAUUCAAAAUAGCCGUCAGAGAAAGAGAAAGAUAACUAAAUUUUGGAGGGUCAGAGACAAUUUCGCAUUUCGCGGAAAUUACUUUGAACACGGCAUUAACGUUGAAUACUCAGUGUAAUUUGUAACGCAAAAUGACGUCAUUUUAUCCGGAGCGCGCACUUACUUUUUUUCAGAAAGUUUGAUGCCUUGCUCACCUCCCCUCACCCUAUUAGAAAUGCCGUGUUCACGGCGACGCCCCGCCCAUAUUUUUCCCGUAAAGUGUGUUUCGUGUGCAUGCACUGCGGCGCUCUCGCACAUGUCGUUUUCAAAGCAGUCUUCGCGAAAUUCAAAAUUAUCUUUGAAUUUCUGAAGUUCAAUUAUUUUUUAAUCUCUGACGGCUAUUUUGAAUUUCGAGGAACCACUUUGAACAUGUCAACAGGAAAAUUGCGUUUUUUUUAAAUUUCUCAUGACCCAUUGAACAUGCGCCUUUAAUAUUCCCUGAUUUUUACGCUUGUUUCCCAUGACGUCACGUGGGAACGGCGGAAGUUUUGACUUCGCCUGUUUCAAUUUUCGAAUUUUUUUCACUAAAAAGAACUCCGUGAUUCUGAUGACAUUCCUGAGGCUCAGGUCGUCUCGACAGGCCGAGGUCAGCCGAUGACGGCCGUCUGCGUGCCACGAAGCACUCAAAACCAAGUCGCCUACCUCAAAGACGAGCUUCGCGCCAUGUGCCGAGAUCAUCGAGUCAGUUUCCUCUGAAUUUUCUUCCAACAUUCAUAUUUUCCAGUUCCCGGAGCCCGAAGCGUUCGCCUUCGUGGAAGAUUUCCCUCGGGUUCACACCAAGAUCCAAAAGUACCGGAUUCGAGAAAUGCUCGAGUCUGGCCAAAUAUCCGUUUUUUAA